GGGGCCGUUGUCCCCGGGGCGCUGGGGUGAAGCUCGGGGCGGGACUGACAGACGGGAGCGACCGGGAAGCUGGGGAGCGGGUUGCAGUGCCCCCCACACUCCAAGGCAGCCCCCUGCCAGCCAGCGCAGCCGCCCGCCUGAGGGGGCUGCACCACCACCCUCGUGUGUGGGUGGGUCGCACCCGCAGUCCCGUGUCCCUCGCUCCGGAGCGGGCGCAGCGCCCCGGGGCGGGGCGGCACGGCAGUCCCCCCCGCCGCCGCCGCGCCCCCGGCCGCGGCCCCCCCGCGCUGCCCAGAGCCGGCCAAUGAGCGGCGCUGUUGCUGGCAGGUGCGGACUGUUUUUGUUUUGGGUGGAAGUUGAGGCCGGAGGAGACGCGGCGGCGGCGGCGGGUGGAGGCCGCGGACUCAGGCGCCUCCCUUCCCCCCCUCCCCCCGCUGGGCCCGGCCGCAGCCGCCAUGAGGAGGGAGAUGAACGGGGUCACCAAGAGCAGGUUUGAGCUAAACUGGUUCCAAGAAGACCUCUUAGCUGAUAAGACUCAACCAUUUAAGGUUGUAACUUCACUGCUCAUCAGUCACUUUAGGCUUUGCAUUUGAGCACUGGAACGUGGAUUGAAAGCCCUUAUUAGCACCAUGUGUGGUCAGAUGUUUGUUCAUACGAUGUUCUCAAACAAUGAUGAAGCUGUGAUCAACAAAAAACUUCCGAAAGAGCUGCUGCUUCGAAUAUUCUCUUUCCUGGAUGUGGUCACUCUGUGUCGCUGUGCUCAGGUUUCCAGGGCAUGGAAUGUUCUGGCCCUGGAUGGCAGUAACUGGCAGCGAAUUGACCUGUUUGAUUUCCAGAGGGAUAUUGAGGGUCGGGUAGUGGAGAAUAUUUCUAAAAGAUGUGGAGGCUUCUUACGAAAGUUAAGCCUGCGUGGGUGUCUAGGAGUGGGAGACAAUGCAUUAAGGACAUUUGCACAGAACUGCAGAAAUAUUGAAGUAUUAAACCUGAAUGGCUGUACUAAGAUCACAGAUGCAACCUGUACCAGCCUCAGUAAGUUCUGCUCUAAACUCAGGCACCUUGAUUUGGCUUCCUGCACUUCCAUAACCAACUUGUCUCUAAAAGCACUGAGUGAGGGGUGCCCACUGCUAGAACAGCUGAAUAUCUCUUGGUGUGACCAAGUGACGAAGGAUGGGAUCCAGGCUCUUGUGAGAGGAUGUGGGGGAUUGAAAGCCUUGUUCCUGAAAGGCUGCACGCAGCUGGAGGACGAAGCGCUCAAAUACAUUGGUGCACACUGUCCUGAACUGGUGACUUUAAACCUACAAACUUGCUUACAAAUAACAGAUGAUGGUCUCAUUACAAUAUGCAGAGGAUGCCACAAGUUGCAAUCCUUGUGUGCCUCAGGCUGUUCUAACAUUACAGAUGCCAUCUUGAAUGCCCUGGGGCAAAACUGUCCAAGGCUUAGAAUAUUAGAAGUUGCAAGAUGUUCUCAGCUAACAGAUGUGGGCUUUACCACACUGGCUAGGAAUUGUCAUGAGCUUGAAAAAAUGGACCUGGAAGAGUGUGUUCAGAUAACAGAUAGUACAUUAAUCCAACUUUCCAUACACUGUCCACGGCUUCAGGUUUUGAGUUUAUCACACUGUGAGUUGAUCACAGACGAUGGGAUUCGUCACUUGGGGAAUGGUGCCUGCGCACAUGAUCGCCUGGAAGUGAUCGAGCUGGAUAACUGUCCAUUGAUCACAGAUGCUUCCCUGGAGCACCUGAAGAACUGUCAUAGCCUGGAGAGGAUAGAACUUUAUGACUGUCAACAGAUCACACGGGCAGGAAUCAAGAGACUCAGGACCCAUUUACCCAAUAUUAAAGUCCACGCCUACUUCGCUCCUGUGACUCCACCUCCAUCAGUAGGGGGCAGCAGACAGCGCUUCUGCAGAUGUUGCAUCAUCCUAUGACAUUGGAAUUGGUCCUCCUUGCAAACUGAGUAUUUAAUUAUACUUCUAGAAUUAUGGUGGACACCAGUAUCUUCAAGGAAAGUGAUCCCAGUGUCAUUUGCAAGGGCCAGUGAAAAGGGGGCUGUGGUGCCAGGCCCCUGUAGCCACCCAUACACACGCAUAUACACACACCACCCGUUCCAGCAAACUGAUGAACUCUACGACAUGGGAGCUGGAUCUGUGUUGGCAUUUCUGUAGGUGGAUUGGUAUAAUUCUGAACCAUUCCUACUGGCCAUGCUCAGAAGAAAUCACUGAGGGGGGGAGGGUGUGUAAACCCCAAAUAACUGUUGCUGCUGCUGUUGAUGAUGAAAUAGCAACGGAAACCCUUCGAAGUGGGGAGAGGGAGUGAAAAGAACAUGCUUGAAUCUUGCAUCCACUGUCCAAAAAAAAGGUUUUGUAUCCAUUCUUCAGUAAGGGAAUGAAAACAGCAGCCAUUGUGAGACAUGAUUUACUGUGCUUCUGUACUUCCUUGUUCCCAUGCUAACCACACUGAGCAUGCUCACAUUGAAGGUUCAUCAGUUUCUUCUGUGUUUCGUAGCAUCCAACUCAGAGGCUUCCUAGAUUGUUGUGAUAUAGCUUGAAAUCUGUAAUGUCAGGCUCAUUUUUUUAUCCUGCCCCUCAUUUUUUUACAGAUUUAUAAUCCAGUAAUUUUUCAAGAUUAUCAAACACAAAAGUUAUGUAUCAAUAAAAAGAAGACACUUUUUACCAUUAGAAAGCUGAGCCUGGAAUUGCCUGUCUGAUGGCAAGACCUUAAAUAGACAGUUGAAGGCACAGGCUAGGCUUUCAUGGGCUUACUUGCCCAUUUUUACCAAUUGCUGGCUCUCCAAACUUUUUGCAUUUCAAGUUUUACUCCAGUGAAAAUGUAGCUCACAAUAUAGAGGACACAGCUCUAGUUCACAGUCCAAUUCUUGAUUCCCUGUCCUUUCCCCAAAGAAUCAAAAUCACAUUACUCUUUAUUGUCAUGGUCAAGGAAUAAUGAUUCACUAAUUAAAGUGGAAAGAACAGCAGGCCUGAAAAUCUGUUGCUGGUUAUUGCCACAUUGCUGUAUACUGAGUUUGUAAACUUUCAGCAGUUUCACUGACUUCUGCAUAUUCCACAGGUAAGUGUCUUGCCCUGGAGUGAAGUGUGGGCUCACUGUAUACCACAAGGACAUAUCUUGCUUUCAGUUCCUCACCUUUCAAACAAGGGGAAUGUCCUCACCUGUUAAUCAGCUAGAUCUGUGUACCAGCUGCUUUUUGGAAUAAUUCAGGCAAAUUUAACCCAGGUGCUUCAGGUGAAAGAGUCUGUGCCAGCCUCUGCAAACUUACUGCUUUCCUCAGUGGUGACACGUAGGGGAUGCACGGGAGUGCAUGGUUACCCCCUGAGAGCACUGGUGCACCCCCUGACAGGCAGCACUCCCUGCUUAGGUGACGGGCGGUGGGGCAGGCAGGAGCGCUGGUGCCCCCCUUGAGUGCCAGCCAGGGAGUGGGGACACUAGCUGAAGCACCACUGGCACUUCUGGGAGCGCUGCUUGUGCUUCCCGGUCAGCAAAAUCGACUGCAGGGGGACAACCCCCCCCCCCCCCGGGUUGCUGACUGGUCGUUGGGAGGGCAUGUGCCACUCAGCCGGCACCAGUUGCCCGUGGCUUUCCUGAUGCCUGGAGUCCAGGUUGCCUGGUUACAAAACAGACAAAGCAGAUGGGCUGGCAGCAAAGGCUUAAUAGGGCAGAGCUUGGUCAGACUGUAACAGGUUCUUGGAAGAUGAUAUCAAGUAUAAAUAAUUGCUCUCUCUGCUGUCCACACUUAAGGGAGAGAAGGGAGAGUAUGGAUUUGUGAAUUGGUCCCAACUGAAGAAAAAAAAAAAGAGCAAGCAUGGUCAGUUAUCUUAAUCGUUGAAAGCUGAAGCAACAGUCCUCCAUCUUUAUGGAGAAGAAUUACAUCAGAUGUGGAAGAAGAGAUGAUUUUCUAAAGUACUAGUAAUAGAUUUUAGAGCCCUGGGGGGGUUAAUUUUUCCCCUAUAUGAUUAAAUUGAGGGCAGUGUUGCCUCCUCAGGCUCUAUCAGCAUCUGAGUAAUUCAGUCUGUUGAAAGGGUAAUUUUAGUACCAGAUGAGCUGUAUUUUCUUCAUGUACAACAAUUCAUUUUUCCCAACCUCUCAGUAUGUUUCACAAGGUCUUGUAGACUCUCAAAUCUUCUGGGAAGUCACACAGAAGAAUCUCAGUAUGCCCAUUGUUUAAAAGGACACUGUCUACUUUUUUCCUCCCCUAUUGAUUUUAUGUUUAAUCUGUUUUAUUUAUUAAGUCUUUUUGUAGAAGCAUGGAUAAUCUCUUCUCAAUAACUGUGUUUUUAUUCCAUUUGCAAAACUUGAUCCUUUCCCUUGCUUUCAAUGUGGCAAAAGGUGUUUAUAGCAGCUGGUUUUAUAACUAUUACAACUUACUGACCUUCUGGGCAGGCUAUGUGUAUCAUCAGCUUGUAUACCAGCAACCAUCAGUGUUAGCACAGCUCUGGGAAGACUCUCAGAGCUAGUCUGUUGAGGCAGGGGGAGAAAUAAUUUUGGUUUGAUAAACCCUGAUAUUGCCUAUUUAAUUUCUUGGUAAUGGAAUGGUGGGUUUUGGACUCGAUUAUAGAACCCAAAGCAUUUUCUUUAACAGGAUAAUGGCAUAAGGUAGCCCAGACUAUUUGACAGUGUCCUUUCAAGUAAAAAAUUGUCUCUAAAUGGACUCUUCCUUAUGUGUGUAUUUAUAAAUACCAAUAAACAACCAUUUUCCAAG